AUGGUCGUUCUUUACGUAGUGAGCACAAUAGACCCCGCAGUAACCCUAGAGCUAGAGUCCUUGUCUCGUCACCGCGCGAUAGAUGAGGCCAUAGCGCGGGGAGAUUCCGCGGUGCAGGAGUUUUACAAAGAUGCUGUUAUCUUCGUCACCGGAGGGUCCGGGUUCCUGGGGAAGCAUCUCAUCGAGAAGCUGUUCAGGUCAUGCGACAUCAAACGCGUAUAUCUACUACUUCGCGAGAAGAAGGGACACACUUCACAGGAGCGAAUUGCCAAGAUCUUUCAAGAUCCUGUAUUCGAGAUCUUGCACAAGCGCAAGCCCGACUUCGUAUCGCGUGUGACGCCGGUCCACGGCGACAUCACACAACUGCGCAUGGCGAUUAGCGACGAGGACUGGUAUACCAUGGCCAAUGAGGUGACGGUCAUAUUCCAUGUGGCGGCGACCAUCACCUUCGAUGAGCCGCUACGUGUGGCGACCAGGACCAACGUACGUGGGACCAUGCAGGCGUUACUGCUGGGAAAAGAUUGUAAGAAACUCAAAUCGUUCGUGCACGUAUCCACUGCGUACGCGCACGCCACCCGCAGCCGCAUCGGGGGCUCCGUGCGCGAGGACUUCUACGACAGCCCCGGCGACCCCCGCACCAUGGUGGACCUGGUCGAGCAGCUGAGUGAAGAAAAACUGGCUGCUAUUAAACCUAAGUUGAUCGAAGACUGGCCUAACACGUACGCCUACACCAAAGCUUUGGCCGAGGAGGUUGUGAGGACCAUGUCAGGGGACCUGCCCAUCUGCAUCGUCAGACCCGCGAUAGUCAUAGCAGCGAACCUGGAGCCUAACCCUGGCUGGCUUGACAUGAGCAGUGUCUACGGGCCUAGUGGGCUCCUCCUAGGCUCUGGUCUUGGCGUUAUGCACACCUUCAUGGCCGAAGAUGGCGCCAAAAUAGACCUGAUUCCCGUGGAUUACGUCAACAAUGCUACCAUUGUGGCAGGAUGGGCCACGGCAGAACACCGCAAGAACGGACACAAUGAUAUUAAGAUAUAUACAGUCUCACCAGCUAGGAACCCUAUUACGUGGCGUAAGUAUUUGAGUAAAACCUUAAAACCUAAUUCCCAUGGAGUGGACUAUGUCAAUACUGCAAGCAUAGUAGCUGGCUGGGCCACGGCAGAACGCCGCAAGAACGGACAGAAUGAUAUCAAGAUAUAUACAGUCUCACCAGCUAGGAACCCUAUUACGUGGCGAGAGUUAAUGAAUAUAAUGUUAACGAAGGUGUACUACUGCGCCAGCUCGCCGAAAUCGGUGUGGUACACAUUCGUACACCACACCAGCCGCUGGUGGGUGUUCUGUCUGCUGACUUGGCUGCUGCACUUCAUACCUGGAUAUCUGGUGGACGGGGUUCUGACGAUACUUGGCAAGAAACCUAAAGCGAUGAAAUUAUACCGGCUGGCUUUCAACCUGUCUUCCGUGCUGGCUUAUUUCACCUGCCACGAGUUUCACUUCAACGAUGACAAUCUGGUCAAAUUAAACAACAGCUUAUCCAAGACAGGAACGCGCUGUCGCACUCCUACAACCUGUCUCGUGCUGGCUUAUUUCACCUGCCACGAGUUUCACUUCAACGAUGACAAUCUGGUCAAAUUAAACAACAGCUUAUCCAAGACAGACCAAGACCUGUACAACUUCGACGUGGGGAAGAUGGACUGGACCCAGCAAAUGCUGACGUGGGCCAUCGGUUUGAGGAAGUACAUCAUCAGAGACGGACUUCAGGGCACGGAAUACGCCAAAAAAAAGCAAAGGGUGCUUGGUGUGCUGAGUUACCUGGUCGGCGCGCUGUACCUCUACGCGAUAUACAAGCUGCUUACUUUUGUCUGUUGGUGUGUUUGCCUCUUUGUUGCUAUGUUUUGA